AUGAGUACUCUUGAACAAGAGACUAAAAAGAUGAAGGAAAGAAAGAAGCUUUUGGUAUUCAUUUAUGUUCUCAUCUUUCUCUUCCAAGUUGUGAAUCCAACAAAUUCAGAAAGACCAUGGCCUCAGGCUAAGGCUAAGAGCAAGCACUUUGUGUUGGUUCAUGGGGCAUGCCAUGGAGCCUGGUCUUGGUACAGGGUAGUGCCACUGCUAAGAUCAUUAGGACACACUGUCACAGCUCUUGACUUGGCUGCUUCUGGGAUUGAUCCAAGGCAGUUGAAUGAUAUUCCCUCUGUCUCCGACUACAUCGGUCCUUUGUCGGACUUCAUGGCUGCUCUUCCCCGGCAUCAGAAAGUGGUACUUGUCGGUCACAGCCUUGGCGGCUGGGCACUUUCUCGAGCCAUGGAGAGGUUUUCAGAGAAAAUUUCUGUUGCUAUUUUUGUCACUGCUGGAACACCUGGUCCAACUCUCAAUAUUUCCACCCUCGAGCAAGAGUGGAUCAAAAGAUUCGGUCCUCAACUGGACAAUCAUUACACAUAUGGUGAUGGACCUAACAAACCUCCAACCGCCUUGCUACUCGGACCCUUGUUCUUAGCAGCAAGAUUGUAUCAACUCAGCCCCAUUGAGGAUUUGACACUUGCAACCACGUUGCUGAGACCGAGACGUUUGUAUAGUGACAAAGACCUGUCAAAAGAGCUAAUGUUAACGAACGAAAAAUAUGGUUCGGUUAACAGAGUUUUUAUCAUGGUUAGUGAAGAUCAAUUGUUAAAGAUGGAUUUCCAGCAAUGGAUGAUUGACAGGAACCCUCCCACUGAAGUUAGAAAGAUAACCGGAUCCGAUCACAUGGUCAUGAUGUGUAAACCAAUCGAGUUAUCGGUUCAUCUCCAUGACAUUGCUAAGAAGUAUGUUUGAUUAUUAUAUAUUCCUUAGUUUACACAAAAUAAAGUCUAUUUCGCAAAUAAAUUGUAAUAACAAAGUUUUGUAUGACAUGAGAGGACGUUUACAAGACUUCAUUCGAGGCAUUGUACACGAUCCACAGAAAGAAAGUUUAACAGUUACGAGUU